AUGGCCGAAGAUAUCACAUCGUGGAUAUCCAGUGCCAUAGUGCAACAUGACCUGAAGAACGGGGCCAACUACAAGAUACCCAUCCGAGGGAGGUACGCACAAGUCAUCAAGUUUUCAUCCUACCGGGACAGAUUCGAUCCUCAUGCCGAAAUUCGAGGUGUCAUUUCAGAUAAGACCCAUUGGAUCAGGGUCAAAUUCGAUGUGGAAGCUACAGACGAGUUUGAAGAACCCGAAGCCUCACUUCCCUCCGAAUCAUUAACUUCCAACCUUCGAGCCAUUUUCCUAAUCGAAUCAUUCCGUAUCCACCUCCUACCUCCUCCCAAUACUUCCCGUCGCAAAUCAAAUAACAUCAAUACAACCACAGUGUCAGCUUCAGGUGAUUUACCAGAGGUCAUGCUGGAGAUACUUCAAUGGAAAGUGGUCACUGGGGAUAAGGACGACCCAGAGUAUUACCCUGGUACCCCUGAGGUGUCAAAGGGGAAGCAGGAUGUGGAUGUGAAAGUUCAAAGGGUUCUGAGGAAAUGGUGGUUUGGCGAAACCAACUCAAGUCAAUCCCAUGCUCCAUCAACAAGCCAACAUCCACUUUACACUGAAACACCGUCGCGGUACAAUCCUAACCAGCCAAGUUCAGUCAAACCCCACCUCUCAUCCCCUUUGGUAGGAUAUCAUUCUUCUCCAGCUAUAAUAUCCACCUCAUACCCCUCAUCGUCAAAAAGUACGCAGGAUCAUCACCCUGUGAGCGAAUCGCAACAGAAAAAGCAGUCGAAAAGAGGGGAUAUCAAUCUACUGGACUUCCUUCAGCCGUAUCUCAAUGGUCCAGGGGGAAAGAAAAAAGUCAUUCCGGAGUGGUUAUUUGAUAAAUCGGAUGAAACUAAGGAGAUGUUAGAUGACAUAAGGAUGUUUGGCUUGGACCUUGAUAGAGGCAAUGAAAAGGAUACAACUGAUACAGAUAACAACCUGAACCCAGCGAGAGAUGAUGGGCAAGACGAUGUCGUGACUCAAUCGGAAAAUGCCAAAUUUGAAUGGAAAGGCAAAGCAAGAGAAGAUAACUCAUUAGUACAAUCACCAACGAUGACGAAAAAAGAUCUGGAUCAAUCAGAAGGAGCAGGAGAUCUAAAGAAAGUAGGAAAGCAGGAGAUGGUCACGCCAAUUCAACAACCUCGACCACCAAUAAUCACUCAAACAGUCGGAAACCAAGCUGACCGUAUAUAUGUCGACAAUGAUCAAACGGAUGAAGAUCAUAUGGAUUCGCCGAUAUUUCGAGAUUCGCCUUCAUCUAGGAAAUCUCGACAAAACCCAUUACCUCUUGUCCACACACAACCGACUUCGCCUGAAAAUGAAUUAGAAGAAGAGAGUGAUGAAGAUAUAUUCAUCAAACCCCGAGAGGAAUCACGGAGUAGGAAGAGAGGAAGAGAGAUGUUCGAUCCGCUGGCUAUGCCUUCUUCGUCGCCUGCUCAAGAGGAUGUACAGAUGGAUGAUCAGGAUGAAGACGAGGAAGGCCAGGAAGUUGAUCAGUUGGGAGACGAGGGGAGAAGAUCUCGAGGUGAUGGCAAGAAACAAGAUGAAGGCGAGGAAGAUGAAGAUGGUCUGUCGGACUAUGAGCGGGAAACGAAACGUAAAGCUAGACUUGAUAGAAAUAGAUUGGAAACUGAAGAUCGUGCAACGAUAUCAGAUGAGAAACAGCGGAAAUACGGAGAUUCUUUCAAAUAUCAGGAACACGAUGAUCUGGCCCAAUCCCCUCAAGCUGAAGCGAUGACCCAAAAAGUGGAGAGACAUUCCUCCAAACCUGAUACACCUAACAAACGCCGACAGUCAUCGAUAGGUAUUCAGACCAUCAAUGAAGGUGAGAACGACGUUGCUAAAACGAUCAGCAGUAAGGUCAUACAACAGAAAGCGAUAUCACCGUUCAACUCGCAGAAAUCUCAGAAUGGUGAGGCUAGUCAAUCUGCCAAAUCAAAUACAUCCCAGACGAAUUCAUCUCCCGACUCAUCAGCCAAUGCUCAGGCUCAGCCCAAUUCGGAGAUCUCCCAUAUAAGCCAGAGCCAGAAAAGGAAAAUCUCCGAGAUAUUGGUUGACGAUAGUGAUCAGAGCUUGUCACAGCACAAAGAGCAAAAAGCUGAGGUAUCUAAUACGAGCGGUUCCAAUAAAACUCAAGAUGAUUCAUCCCAAGCGCAAGUUGCAUCGCAAGGUGCUAUCCACAUCCCAACAGAGACUCAACAUGCAGACCACGUUGAUAAUCCUGAUUUGAAUCAGGCUAAACCCGUCACUACUUCUUUUCAAAGUCUAACGAACGAUCAUGAAUAUCCGCUUUCAGCGAAGGGUCCUCAUCCGAAUGAGAAACAACAAUCAUCACCUGCUUUUCACAAUGAAACCAGUCCUCGGCACAACCAAAUAUCCUCCAUUUCUACUCGGUCGGCUGACAUAUCACCCUCGCAUCGUAUCUCGUCAAAUAAACCAGAAUCAUCCAUUAAGAAACCCAAAAUCGAGCAUUUAACGCCUGUUCCAAGUCAGACUACGCCAAUCUCCCGAACGCAAUCAACGGGAAAGGGAUCAAGGAAGAGUUUUCUGGAAAGUAUCAGAUUCUUCCCUUCUUCUUCUUCUUCGCGAGUGCGAGAAACAAAAAAGGACGAAGAUGACGAAAGUCCGUUGAAGAAGAGGAUGAAAAUUGAUAGUGAUUUUAACGAGGGGAUAUUGGGCAGGUUGGGAAGAUGGGCUAGGAGGGGAAGCUCUUUGAGUCGAGAAAAUGAUGAUGUACUUGGGGAAUCAAAGGUGGAGCCGAAGAACGACGAUCGGGUUGAGCAAGAGGUACGCAGUGAUGAUGAUGAUGGGGAAGAUGUUGGAGAUGAAGAUGGAGAUGGAUUGGACGAUGGAUUGGAUAAAACGCAGGAUUUACAGAUGAAUGAUGAAGUUGAGAUUAUAGUCAUUGAGGAUGAGGAGGAAGAGGUCAUCGAGGAAGGAGCGAAGGACCCUUUGAAGAUCAAAGAGGAAGAAAAUCAUAUGAUGAUCAUUGUAGAUUCUAUGGGAAGUCAUGCUCAGAUAGGUAUUCAGUAUGUCGAUGAGAAGUUAAGGGCUUAUAAUGGGAAUCGAGAAAAUACACAAAGACAAUCUGAAGAUAUACAAUCGAGAUUAAUUCGUCAAGACAAAGAUGAAGAUGAAGAUGAUGAUGAUGACGACGAAGAAGUGGAACCGGCACAAUAUGCAAAGAAUGAUAUCGACCCAUCGAAUCGCAUGGCACAAACUCAUCCUGAAGUGAAAAUUCGAGAAGAUCAAGCUGAACGGGAAUGUGAUCCCAGACCUAUCAGAGCGGAAAGGCAGAAUAUUUUGGAUGGGAAUUUCGAAUUGAACGUCCUCGUUAAGGAUGGACUGAGAGAUUGGGAAGUCAAGAAGAUGAUGGAUAAUAUCAUGAAAGCGAGGAAUAGGAAAGCAAGUAAAGGGAAAUGA